AUGUCUGGUUCAAUUCCUUCAUUAAGCGACCUGUUUUAUGAUUCAGCAUAUAAUCCGGGUCAAAGUAUUAUUGACUACACUUCUAUAUACGGUAAUGGGACUACCAUCACGUUUGAUGAGUUACAAGGCCUGGUAAACAGUACUGUUACUCAAGCCAUUAUGUUUGGUGUCAGGUGUGGUGCGGCUGCUCUAACCCUGAUUGUCAUGUGGAUGAUAUCAAAAAGUAGGAAAACACCGAUCUUUAUUAUUAACCAAGUUUCCUUACUUUUGAUCAUUCUACACUCUGCACUCUAUUUCAAAUAUUUACUGUCGAACUAUUCUUCGGUGACUUAUGCCUUAACUGGAUUUCCUCAGUUCAUCAGUAGAAGUGACGUUCAUGUUUAUGGUGCUACGAAUAUUAUUCAAGUGCUGCUCGUGGCUUCUAUUGAGACUUCGCUAGUGUUUCAGAUCAAAGUUAUUUUCACGGGUGAUAAUUUUAGAAGGAUAGGUUUGAUGUUGACAUCGAUAUCUUUCAUUCUAGGUAUUACUACAGUAGUCAUGUAUUUUGUGAGCGCUGUUAAGGGUAUGAUUGUGACUUAUAAAGAUGUUAGUGCCACCCAAGAUAAAUAUUUCAAUGCAUCUACAAUUUUACUCGCAUCUUCUAUAAACUUCAUGUCAUUUGUCCUGGUGGUUAAAUUGAUUCUUGCCAUUAGAUCAAGAAGAUUCCUUGGUCUCAAGCAGUUUGAUAGUUUUCAUAUUUUGCUUAUUAUGUCAUGUCAAUCUUUGUUAGCCCCAUCAGUGAUAUUUAUCUUAGCAUACAGUUUAAAACCAGGCCAGGGUACCGAUGUAUUAACUACUGUUGCCACAUUAUUAGCUGUUUUGUCUUUGCCUUUAUCAUCAAUGUGGGCCACAGCAGCUAAUAACGCAUCUAAAACAAACACCAUCAUUUCAGAUUUCACAACGUCGACAGAUAGAUUCUAUCCAGGUGCGCCUUCCAGUUUCAAAACUGACAGUAUCAACAAUGAUGCCAAAAGCAGUCUUAGAAGUAGAUUGUAUGACUUAUAUCCUAGAAGGAAAGAAGCAAUAUCAGAUAAGCAUUCAGAAAGAACUUUUGUUCAUGAGACUGUGAACGACAUAGAGAAGAAUCAGUUCUAUCAGUUGUCCACACCUACAAGUUCAAAAAACACAAAGGUAGGACCACUUGCUGAUACAAGUUAUAAAGAAAUGGAAAGUGAACGUGUAGACGUAUACACUCCCGAUACAGCUGCUGAUGAAGAAGCGAAAAGGUUUUGGACUGAAGUUAAUGAUAAUUUAUGA